AUGGAGCUGGAUGUCCUCGUGUGCUCCACGUCGGGCAAGCCUAUUUUCCGCCACAGGGUUGCGUUCGCGAGCUCCCUGCAAGGUCUCUUGUCCUUCGUGGCUUGUACGCAGCACGAGGAGCUGCUGGAGCUGCAAGCGGCGGGCUGUCAAUGCGUGUUCCGCAGCUCCGAGAGUCUCACUGACGAGACACCGAGCUUUGCCUCGCAGUGUCUAAAGCACCUUUUACAGCUGCUACAGGGCCAGAUCCUGUUCGUGCUGAGCGACCGAGGGCUCGACGUGCUGCGACGACAGCCAAGUUACGACCUUCGAGAGCUUCUCAAUGGCACUGAGAGAGUCACGAGAUCGUUAACGGAGCUGUGGGCGACGAAUCCGAUGCUCCGGUUCAAGGACUGCGGAGUACCGUUCGUACGGCUGAAACCCGAGAAGCGUCGAGAAGUCACGAGGGCCCUGGAGGUUGAGGAGAACACUGCGACACCCUCUAUGAUCUGUGGGCUGUUGUUGGCUAAUGAGCAAGUGGUGGCGAUCGCUCAGCCAAACAAGAAACAGUUCAGUAUACUUGUCGACGAUUUAUUACUGCUGAUCAACUUCGUGUACCAAACACCAUCUCUAGCCACUAGCGAGACAUGGACGCCAAUCUGCUUGUCCAACUUUAAUGCUCGAGGAUUUCUGUACGCGUACGUGGUUUUCUUGACUACCGACGUGUGUCUACUGCUUCUUAGCAGUCAGCAGUCCCCAGAGCAAUUCCCACAGUUUCAAGCGAAGAAAGAAUACGUAGCCCAUCGACUGCAGGAGAUUGGGGCGAUCGAGGCGAUCGAUUCUUCCAUAAAGAACCACUCGCAGUGGCAACCUCAUAGCGAUCUCCCACUACUGCACCACUUCAUCUACAAGAACGAACUUACGGGGGAAUGUGCGGAACCCGAGCUGGCUUUCCCAUUCGAUGAUAACGACAUUGGCACUCGCGUACAAUUACUAAAUCAGUACGCCAAACUGCAGCAUCUUAUGUUUUCUACACCAUCCGAUCCUCAAAAACGCGAGAGCCAAGUGUUGGGCAAGCGAUUGUCUUCACUACAAGAAACCACAGCGGCGCGUUUAGUGUACGAACGUAGUGACUCGGGUCUGUUCAUGGGCAUGUGUAGCGCUGACUAUCGAGUUUUCGUGUGGUUCGACUCGCUCGCUACCAUUUCGGACGCUCGAGAACAAAUUCAAGUGCUUCUGGACCGACUUCGACAUGACGAAGAGCUCAUGUCCGUCGCACUCUUCCUGUCCACUAGCGGAUUCCCGUCAGUCAGGUCACUUGGGAUGUGGCCGUGA